AUGAGCUCUGACGGCGCUAGGGUUUUGGGCGAUACGGAUGCAACCAUGAUGGAUAUUCCCAGAAAGGGGCAGCUGCCGGGCAAACCUCCGGAUGGGGUUACCUCCUGGAUCUCAAUGGUGACGGGUACGAGCGCAGGAGGACGGCCAAAUCCGGAGAGUUUGUUGACGGAUGAGUUUGUGAUGGAGAGGCUGAGUGUAGAGUUCCCAAAUGGAGCGGAUGGGGAAGCGGUAAUUACGAUUGGACAGGAGGUGCUGGAGGUGAUGAAUGGAUUGUGGAAGCAGUGUAUGAUCGUCAAGGUGUUGGGGAGGACUGUUCCGAUUGCCGUGCUGUCCAAGAAACUGCAGGAGAUGUGGAGGCCACAGGGAGUCAUGACGGUUCUGGAUCUGCCACGGGGUUUUUUCAUGGUUCGUUUUGGCGUGGAGGAGGAGUACUUGGCAGCGCUAACUGGUGGGCCGUGGAAGAUGUUCGGUAGUUACCUUCUGGUUCAAGCGUGGUCGUCGGAGUUUGAUCCGUUAAAGGAUGAGAUUGUAACAGCGCCGGUCUGGGUUCGACUGUCACACUUACCGGUUAACUUUUACCAUAGAUCAAUCUUGAUGGGGAUAGCCAAGGGGCUCGGCAAGCUGUUGCGUGUUGAUCAGACAACCUUGAAUGUGGAGAGGGCUCGAUUCGCGCGUAUCUGUGUAGAAGUAAACCUGAGACAGCCGCUUAAGGGGUCCAUGAUGAUUAAUGGUGAAAGGUACUAUGUCUCAUAUGAAGGACUAACGAACAUCUGCUCUGGGUGUGAAAUUUAUGGUCAUGCGCUUCACCAAUGUCCGAGGAGGGUCUCGCCGGUGUCGGUGGAACCAGAAUCGGAGCGUGCACUGGUGGAGGAAGCGAGUCGUGGGGAUGCAGAAGCAGGUUUUGUUAUGGCCAGGAAUCUAAGGCAAUCGGCGGCGACGGCUCAACGUCCGGUAGUUUUCGCAGCAAAGAGUGUUCGGGAGCCGCCGCGUCGAGCAUUGAAGGAAAUUCCACAGAGGCAGAGUUUAGGAAAUAUUUCCUUAUCGAACACCUUUGACAGAUUGAGGGAAGAUAUAGCAGAGAUUGAGGUGGGAGAAGGGAAUGGAGUUAAUGCAGGGGAUAAGGAAAAUGCUGCGAAUUUGGGCAUAACUUUUAAUGACAGAGCAAGUGUAUCAGGCAAAGAAGGAAAGUUGGCCGGUGAUCCACGUAAUUUGAAUCGGGAAACUAGGAAGGGAGCGGGAGAGAGAAAGGUGGGUUCUAGCAAAGGCGGAUCCAGCAAGUUAGGAGGCACUAAUGGGCCUCGACGAAAGCCCAUAAGCAAUUAUCCCACUCGGGGCCUAAUUGUUGGCCCAGUAGAACAUGAUUUGGAAUUGCAGUCGUCGGGGAAGAGAUCGCGAGUCGAGAGAGAGGAUCCACGAUGGCCGGAAACUCAAAUCGCGCGAUUUAAUGCCGAUAAGGCAUCGGAGGGGAUGGUGGGUCUGGUGGAAGGAGACGGACGGAACCAGAGUAACUCCGAGAUUGAUGCGGCGGCUAACUCACUUUUGGUUCUAGCGGCGAUUGGAGGCUCUCUGGAGGUGGGUGGUAUGGAUUUGGUGAGGGAUUAA